AGCAAUCUAUUUCAUGAAUUAAAGUUUUAAAGGUAAUUUACACUAAAUGUUGAUCUAUAAACAUCUCGGGCCAUUUGGUAACCCUAUAUUUCGGCUUAUAAUGCUUAUGAGCCAACUUUUUCACUGGAUAUGUUACCUUUGAUUUCGCACGCUGAAUUGUGUAAUAAUAAGAUAAAGAAAGAUUGAAGUUACUUUUCUGGCUGUAUUCAGGGGCGGAGCUAAUGGUGGACUCAGGUUGGGCCGCCCGAUUCAUGUGGCUCGGUACCAGGCUUUGACCCGAACCGGAGGUAGUAGCGGCAGCGGAUGUUCGGUUGAUAUGGGCAACCUUCAACGCAAUCGAAAGAACGAGAUCCAAAGGAAUAAUCCUAGUACAUGCAAAUUAAAGGUAAACGACACAUCAGGUCUUCUUCUCAAACCCGAGAUGAUUUUGAAACGGAUUACCAACGGAGAGACGGGUAUGCGAUGUCCGACAUGCAACUACAACAAGAAUUGGACCAACAUAAUAACCGCAUUUUCCAACAACAAGACAUCCCGACGACCAUUGACGAAGAAGAGCUCGAGGAUGACGAUGCGGACGAACUUCAACCGGAGACGGUCGAGGACGAGGGUGACGGCACCCACGACGACGACGAGCCCACCUCAUCCCAACCCGGUAAGAAAAAAAGUAAAUCUGAACCUAUGGAAAAUAAUUUUGAUAAGUGGAAGGAUGCGGAGACCGGGAAUUAGUACGCAACUUGCAAGUGGUGCCACAAAGAUUAUAGCUUGGGGAUUUCUGGCGGAUACAGAUCCGCCGCAAGGCAUCUUAGGGCCAAACACAUCGUGGAGUAUGCAAAAUUAGACAAAGGAAAGGGGAAACAAACUCAAAUAUCGAGGUUUGCAAAUAACCAACCUUUUGGUAAUUUCUCAUACAAUGAUGCACAAAAUUUGAGUGGUAUGUCUAACUUAAUUGUUGAAGAAAAUUUGCCUUAUUUGUUUUCUGAAAGUCUUGCUUUAAGAGAUUAUGCUCAAGGUAGUUUAAAUCCGCAAUUUAGAAAUUAUAGUCGCAAAAUAAUUAAGAAAGAAAUUAUAAGGCUUUAUGGUGCGGAAAAGGCAAGUUUACAAAUUUUUUUCGCAAAUUUUGAUGGGCGUGUUACUAUUUGUUGUGACAUAUGGGAGGAUACUUAUCAUCAUUUACAUUAUUUGGGUCUGACUGCACAUUAUAUUGAUGAUGAUUGAGAAAUGCAUAAAUGUGUUCUUGCUUUUUGUGAAUUUAAUGAUCGUCACACCGCUGAUAAUAUAUAUAUUCUGAUAGCGCGUAUUUUAAUUGAGUAUAAUUUGAUUGAGAAGGUGUUUGCUAUGGGUUUUGAUAAUGCUAGUAAUAAUACUGCUGCUAUACCUAGGUUGCGUGAAUUGUGUGGUUCUACUACUUUGAUGGGUAAAUUUUUUCAUCAACGAUGUGUAUGCCAUAUUCUCAAUUUAUGUGUGCAAGACGCUUAAAUGAGGUCAACUAGAAUCCGCGUUAACCUUGAACAGAUUCUAGUCCCCGAAUUUGGGUGGAUUUUCAACAUGAGAAGCUACCAAAUUUUUUCGUUAUUUGUGGCGUUAUUGAUCACUCUGAAAAGUUCUGUCCGCUCGUGUAUGAGGAAGGGUUAGUUUUGGAAAAAAGGUUUGAUGUGCCGCUUAGGGCAGGAAGUGGGGUGAAGAACAGUCCUACAGAAAAAAAUAAAUGGCUAGUCGGAAAAGGCUCAAACUCAGGCAGGAAUUCACAGGAAUGGGAGACUUGAGGUCUAACGGAGGAGCGAAGGGGAGAAGGAAGAUACGGCGAUCUCGGGUAGUGACUCUUCCAAGGAAGUGGUUCUGAAACAGAAUGAAGAAUCAACAGGGGAAUAGAAGCGCAGACGUAUUUGGGAGGCAGGGGAGGCACAACACCAGGGGGAUGGGAUGGCACUAGACGGAGCAAAAAAUGGAGGGGAGGGGAGCUUAGAGGCGUAAGCUUGUCAGCGGCUGGGAUGCGGGAGGGGGAUUCAGAGUGGUACCUCCUGAUGUUCGUUGGAAGACUCAGUUAGGCCUGGGACCGGUUCGGUUCCUAGGCAAAAUAUGUGGAACCGUUUGAAAAUAUGAAAUUUUACUAACGGUUCGGUUCUUAUAAAUUAUUUUAUAGAACCGAUAAGGAACCGAACCGUUCUUAACGGUUCGGUUCUUGUCAUUUAACGGUUCCUAGUUUUUGAAAAAAUUCUUACAAAUUACAACUAAAUUUUUGGCAAAAAUACAUUCAACGUUGGAAAUUACAAUAUAAAUAUGUUGAACCAGUUAAGGAGAACUAAUAAUUUUAAAUAGUUUGGACCUUUCGAGUUCCGACCCGCUGGAGUUUGGACCUAAUGAGAGGCCUAAGAAGUCUAAGAGAACCGGUUGAAGUGAAUAAUAGUUUUAAAUAAUUAAAUAACAAAACUAAAACAAUGAAUGUAAUAUAAAAAUAAGUAAGUAAAUAUGCAUUAAAAUAUAUAUACUCCUAAGAAUAUGUAUAUAAUUUUAAUUAUUAUAUAUAACGGUUCCUUAACGGUUCUUGGUACAUAUUUUUUUCAGGAACCGAGAACCGAACCGUUAAUAAAAAAUAGGAACUGAACCGUUAACAAAUAACUAAUAAAUGUUGGAACCGAACCGAACCGGGUCAUAACGGUUCGGUCCGGUUCGGUUCUCCGGUUCUUGGUUCCAAAGUCCCAGCCCUAGACUCAGUGAUGAUUGUUACUUUAUUAUUUUUAUUUUUGUUGACUG